AUGGGACAGGGUGGAGAGGAGAAUGUGGCCCAGGUAGGAGUCCCCCUGAUCCCCACCUCCUUCUUCCAGCGCAUUGCAGCAAACAUCAUCUGCUCCAUUGUCUUUGGAGAGUGCUUUGACUACAAAGACCACCAGUUCCUGCAUCUGCUGGAUCUGAUCUAUCAGACAUUUGCCCUUAUGGCUCCUUGUCCAGCCAGUCUCUCUUUCUUAUGGGUGUUUCAGCUUUUCUCUGGCUUCUUGAAAUACUUUCCUGGUGUCCACAAACAAAUCUCCAAAAACCUACAAGAAAUCCUCAACUACAUUGGCCAUAGUGUGGAGAAGCACAUGGCUACCUUGGACCCCAGCGCUCCACGAGAUUUCAUCAAUACCUACCUUCUGCACAUGGAGAAUGAAAAGUCCAACCAUCACACAGAGUUCCAUCACCAGACUUCUGUGCUCUCUCACUUCUUUGAUGGCACCGAGACCACCAGCACCACACUCUGUUGCUCCUUCCUGAUCAUGCUCAAGUACCACCAUGUCAAAGGAAUUGAGGCUUUCGACCUCAAAUAUGAGCCACUAAAUUUCUGCCUGCAUGGCGUGUAG